AUGGCGUCGAAGUUCCUACGCGAAUACAAGCUCGUUGUUGUUGGAGGCGGUGGUGUCGGUAAAUCGUGUCUUACCAUACAGCUCAUUCAGAGCCAUUUCGUGGACGAGUACGACCCUACUAUUGAGGAUUCGUACCGCAAGCAGUGUGUCAUCGACGAUGAGGUCGCGCUGCUCGACGUUCUCGACACAGCCGGACAGGAGGAGUACUCUGCGAUGCGCGAACAGUACAUGAGGACAGGCGAGGGCUUCUUGCUCGUCUACUCGAUAACAGACAGGCAGAGCUUCGAGGAGAUCAUGACGUUCCAGCAGCAGAUUCUGCGUGUAAAGGAUAAGGACUACUUCCCAAUGAUCGUUGUUGGAAACAAGUGCGAUCUUGACGGCGAGAGGCAGGUGUCAACGCAAGAGGGUCAGAACUUGGCACUACAGUUCGGCUGCAAGUUUAUCGAGACUUCAGCGAAAUCCCGCAUCAACGUCGACAACGCAUUCUACGACAUUGUACGAGAGAUCCGCAGAUACAACAAGGAGAUGUCCUCGUACACAGGUGCGCCGUCUGGCGCACAGGGCCAAAAUGGCAUCGCCAAGAUGGGCGUCGAGGACAGCGAAGAGAAGAAGGGCGGCUGCUGCGGAUGCACAGUGAUGUGA